UCAACCGGGUUUAAUAAGCAAAAAGGUGUAUGAAGUCUUACCGUGAUGCCCACGUUGGUCUCAAAUCUGUCCCCAUUCAGGCUAUUGCCACAGAUGCCAUCCUUUCCAAAGCUGCGUUUUACAACACAAGUAGUGCGGUAGUGAACAUUGCAUCAUGGACCAGUCAGAAGUGGCCGUUCAGGACAGAGGCAAAGCAAACAUAGAAAGACACAACAAACAAAAGCCACGUGACUGGAUUGCAGAGUGACAUGCAAUGAAGUUCCCUAUCUUCGAAUUGGCCAAGGUGUUGUCCUUCAAAUCAGGAUUCAAGGGUGAUGGCAAGGAUCAGAAAGGGAAGGAUGUGAAGAUUGUAAAAUCGGCAUGGUGUGAGGACGGAGAGAAGAACCAGCUGGCACUGGUCCUGUCUAAUGGUUACUUGGUACUGCGCUACAGCUUUAACCAGCUGUCACCAGCAUUGAGACAGAUCCCAUGGCCAGCCAAGGAUCCAAUCAGGGGACUGUGUUACGACUCGAGAGGAACGUGGCUCAUCUGUGUUACGAAGCAUUCCAAUGUUUACGUCAUUCCUGCAUUAGCGCUGCUUGAUCUUGACGCCCAGAUCGAGCAACUGUGGACACUAAAUGAUGUGACUCUCAUCAAUAUAUCAAAGAAAUGUGGCCCUCCAACAUCCGUUGUGUGGUGGCAGACUCUCCUCGGAGAACACAUAGCUAUUGUGGGGACGAGGCUUGGUAAAGUCUUAUUCGUCGACCUUCUGUCGAGAAAGACGGUUUACGAGACAGAAAUUAAGGGUUGCAUCAGUCAACUCCAGCUCGUCAAAGGCGACAGUCAGACCAUGACAUAUGUUUUGAUCACCGCGAAAACCGGCCAUUUCUGGAAGAUCCUCCUGGAGAAAAAAGACAGAGAGCAUUUCUGGAAAACUGAUGAAGAACUCGGGCACCUUGGCUAUGAUCAGAUUGACAACAGUCACAUGCCCAUCAGCUGUAUACUGAAUCAGCUGACAGGGCUGCCAGAGAAUAUGGCGAACUGUGAUGACUUUGUACCGAUGUGUUUCUACCAGUUUCCACUCUCCGUGCAGCUACAGCCUCAGUACGCUAAAGGGAGACACUUCGUCACAGCCUACAAUAGGGUGAAGAGGACAUUUGAGGUUUUUGACAGCAGCCUUGACCACCGACCCCUGUUCAUUUACGAGGUUCCGAAGCAAGCAGAUGAUGUCAUCUUGACAGAUAAACUCAUCAUCUGCUCCAUGAAGCAAGACGUGAAUGUGAGACUGAUGUUUAUUUCUAAUCAGAUGGCCGAGACAUCCCCGGAGCAGAAUCAGGUUUUCAAUCAGCAGGCUGUCAUCCAAGCUUUCAAACUCACCGACGCCGUUCUCGUCAACAUCCACAAGAGAGCGCUACCAUUCUAUUGGUUUGAGCGACAAGAGGAGAGAGAUGGGAAGAAGCAGGAUAAUGCUCGGGAUGACAUCGCGAUUAGUAUGCACACAGUGCUGGAGGGAUGUGUCGUAGUGACACAGCAUGAUGUGUACGAGUGUCGGCCGAGGGUGUCCCCAGAAAGAUAUUUCCUAAAUCUCUGCCUCAACCAAUCUGACCUGUCAUACUCGGAGCAGCUUGGCAUUAUGCUGGGACUCGACAUCAACGGUUUAUAUGAGGAUGCGGCCAGGUUCAAAAUGGAGGCUGGCGACUUCACACAGGCAAUGAGAUUGUACAAACUCUCCAAGUGUCCACACAGGAGGCGUGUCGCCAUCAUGACCCAACAUGGCCGCCUGACGGAGGUGACGGCAUACCUCCAGCAGGUUCUCAGUAACACUAACAUCGACAUGACGAUGGCAGAGAGCAAGGCAUUGGCCGAUGUGGCACUCCAUUGCUUUGUUUUCAUGAUCGAGAAGAAGAAGGGUGGUCCGGGCAUGAAGCAGGCGCUCAGGGAUUUCUUGUUAAACAACUUCUCGUACGAUGAGAAGGUGGCCAUUGACCUGUUGUUGGAUCACUACAUGAUGGAGCAGCUCUUUGAGCUUGCCAAGGCGCGAGGACCUGGGAUGGUGAUUGAAGUCAUCAAAGCAUUGGUCAAGCGAGGAUUCAUCAGUCUGUCGAGACUGAAUAUGGAGUCACUCGUUGCCAAGAACAUGGCGAUAUUUCUCCUCAGGAUCGGUGAAGGAAGCUUCCUUCGCUGUAUGGACGAGAGUGACCUUGUCCAGUUCAUGAUCAGCCAACCUCGACUAGCGGCAGAAUUCACCGACACGUUAAGAUACCAUCUUGGCUCCUACGACCUCGCCACAUUGUUACAGCUUGCUAAAGUGUUCGACCCAUCCAGUUCACUGGUUCAGAUGUAUUUACACAAGGCAGAGUCUGCAGUGAGAAAAAGGACAUCUAGUGUCUCUUCACUCUCCUCCAUUAGCUCCAACAUGAGUGAAGACACGCUGCAGUCCGGCCAGCAGGAGUCGUGUAGGUCUAAAGCCAAACAGCUCAUACAGUUCUUCUUUGAAGUCGUCCUGCAACUCCAUGCAAGGAGGAACGGCUCCACUCUUGAUCCAAAAUAUAUUGCCACACCAUCACAAAAGAAACCGGCCCAAUUACUGUCCUAUCGCCGAGGUAAGACGUACUCUCACUUGGUGGUACCUAUGGUGAUUGGGUGCGGUCACAGCCAUAGUGCCCUGAUCAGGAACGGGGAGCUUUACACGUGGGGCAGGACACAGGAUGGAAGGUUAGGACAUGGAAACAUCGCGACUGACCACGUCAUGUCUCUGCCGUGUAAGGUGGAGACUCUCCAUAUGCUGCAGAUCAAGGUGCUCUCUGUCUCGUGUGGAGCCAAACACACAAUAGCUUUGACACAGCAGGGGGUGUAUGGUUGGGGUUCAUCGCAGUACGGCCAGGUUGGAAUAGGCGAUACUGUCACCAGAGCUCAACCAAUGCUAAUUGAGGUGUUGUCUAAUACACCCAUCAUCAGUGUUGUGUGUGGCCAGUACCACUCACUCGCUCGAGCUGCUGAUUCCAGAGUCUACAGCUGGGGUUGGGGUGUAUUUGGCCAGCUCGGACACAGCUCCAUUGAAGAUGUGCUUGCCCCCGCAGUCAUUGAAGGACUGGCUGGUAUGAAUGUUGUCCAGGUCCAGGCAGGAUAUGCUCAUACACUCGUCUUAACUGCUGCAGGAGAGAUCUACGGCUUUGGUAAUAACUCAUACGGUCAGCUCGGAGAAGGUAACACCUUCAAGAUCACAUCUCCUAAACGAUUAGAUGCCCUCACAGAACCAAUCACCAUUAUAGCAUCCAAAUAUUUCUGUAGUUUUGCCCUGACCAAUGAAAACCAGCUGUAUACGUUUGGCUGCAGCCCGCUUCACGUCAAGCAGAACAUGCAGCUCUCCAAGGUGGACCGAGCCAAGUAUGAUCCUGACUUCUAUCUUUAUCCGUACAUCUUCAACAUGGAAGGUGUCGAGGGAAAAAUCAUCCAGAUGUCGGCAGGUGGCACCCAUGUUGCUGUUCUGACUGCCGAAGGUCGCAUCUACUCCUGGGGCAAGAACUACGAUGGUCAGCUCGGGUUAGGGUCGAAUCGGGAAUAUCCGACGCCGAUGUUUGUUGCUGCUUUGAAGGAUCAUACGAUCAAGGUGAUCAACUGUGGGGCAAGUCACACGAUGGCACUGGAUAAGGAUGGACAGGUCUUCUCAUUUGGCAGGAAUGAGUUUGCUCAGCUGGGUAUCUCAGAUCAGGCAGGACUGGAGAACACUCGUAAUAUCCAAAACAUGGGCUCGCAGCCGAACCCAACACUGCUCAACUGGGUGCCGGCGUCGUUAAGUUUGAUUGGUAGACAAUACAACCGCCGAGGCAGUGAUGACUUCUGGCUGUCAGACACAGGUAUUGAUGGUGAGGAGAUGGGCUGUGUCGGGAACAUCCCUCAUCUGUCAUCGUUGAUGGAGCCCGAAUAUGAUGUUCAUGUCAUCACGACUGUUGUGCAGCAUCUUGGCGAGUAUUGCUCCUUGACAAAGUUGGUGCGGAUGUGUUUGGUCGAGAGGCUUUGGGGCAUUGUGGGAGAUAUCUACGAAGCUCUGAACCUCUAUGCACAGUCCAUUCAGUUCAAGCUGCGGGAGAUCUGUGAUCAUCGCCACCAAUUUGAAGAGAAAUCCGUACUCCUGCAGGUGGCUUUGGAGAUUGUUGAGAAGUUCCUCAGCAGAAUUGACCAAUCGCCAGACAGCCAGCACAACACAACCCUCGAGGAAUCAAUGGUGAAGGAUGUCUUCCAAUUCUGGCGUGACCUUGAUCUUCCCUUCAGUGACCUUGAGGCCAUCUUGGAUAAGUACCUUGAACUGCUUGCUGUGCCUCUCUGUCAUGUCAUAACCAGUCCUCAAGCAGAAACAGACGUCGCCCAAGAACAGUGCCACGUCGUCAAAAACCUCUCAGUUGAGUUUGUGAUCAAGGUGAUAAGUCAUGUGAUAUGUUUGAUGAAGUCCGGUGAUAUUCCCUCGGACGUCAUGCUGAGACUCGGUCUAGAGUCGACAGAUCAACGUAAGAUCGACCCGGGACACCAGCAGAAACUCUGGCAACAAAUCCUGCAGAAUCUACGACAAGACGUCGACAAGAUGGCCUUCAUCACCAUGACAACAAAUGAUGCCAAAAUUAUCACGGAACAAAUGGAAGAGUAUGGUGAUAACUAUGCCAUCGUUUUCACAUGUGGCCACCAUUUUCCACAGAAACAUUUCAUGGAGCACGUCCUGACACGCUUUACUGCAAAUUUUGUUGGAAGCCUCGCGAGUUUGCAACAGACAGCCACGCUUCUGACCCAGUACUACACGUCGAUGAGGACACUGCCAAUGGCUUGUCCAAGUUGUGUUCAGGAUCAUAUCGUACAGACAAUAUAAUGAUAGUCUUGGCUCCAAGGGGCGUCCUCAAUAGAAACAUUUGUCCUUGCUUUGAUGGGGUUACGCUGCUAUUUAAAAGGCUAGAACCAGAUCUAGCAGGACUGUCACAAUCACGUCUCUGACUGUGAUGGGGAACCAAUAACCAGCUCUGGGAGGUCUUGAGGGCUGUCACAAUCACGUCUCUGACUGUGAUGGGGAACCAAUAACCAGCUCUGGGAGGUCUUGAGGGCUGUCACAAUCACGUCUCUGACUGUGAUGGGGAACCAAUAACCAGCUCUGGGAGGUCUUGAGGACUGUCACAAUCACGUCUCUGACUGUGAUGGGGAACCAAUAACCAGCUCUGGGAGGUCUUGAGGACUGUCACAAUCACGUCUCUGACUGUGAUGGGGAACCAAUAACCAGCUCUGGGAGGUCUUGAGGACUGUCACAAUCACGUCUCUGACUGUGAUGGGGAACCAAUAACCAGCUCUGGGAGGUCUUGAGGACUGUCACAAUCACGUCUCUGACUGUGAUGGGGAACCAAUAACCAGCUCUGGGAGGUCUUGAGGACUGUCACAAUCAUGUUUCUUUCUGACUGGAUGACAAUGGUCUUGACCAGUGAUGAUAUGGUAAAGAUAUCUUGGUGGCCCAAGUUUUUUGUAGCUGGGGAGAAGCACAUGUGAUCUGCCAAUUGUACGAUUCAAAUUUUAUAGAUUUAUAUUUAUAUGGAGUAAAUUUUAACUUCAUGAUUUAUGAUUUUCACUUGUAAUUGAUAACUGUAAGUCUAUGUGCCAAUCGAUGGAAUCAUUGAUUGUAGAUUUUGUUAAAUAUUUUCUGAAAUUUGAGAAGUUCUUGUGUUUUUGCUCUAACUGCUGAUGAUUUGUGAUUUAAACAUCAAAUGUUACUAAUUGUGCAAUCAUCAAGCUUAUUUAUGAUAAACAACCUUUGCUAAAUAAACAAUUAUUCAGUAAA